UCACCUCUACGGGAAUCAGACUCAGCCUAUUUUGCUUUCUAAUCUAGGUUUUCAGUGAAUUAUGCCUUUUCGGUUUGGGGCCCAGACACGGAGGUUUCCAGUGGAAGGAGGAGAUUCUACAGUUGGGCUGGGACCUGGGCUGAGGUCCAGUGUUGCCUGUAAUGGGAAAGAGAUAUCACCAGCCAGGCAGCUCCGAAGAUGCCAUGGAAGUCACUGCCUGACAAUAACUGAUGUUCCCAUCACUGUCUAUGCGACUAUGCGAAAGCUGCCUGCACAAAGCAGCAAGGAAAUGCAUCCUAAAUAG